UCUAUUUAGUCAACACACUUAACAUAACCUAAAAAAUUUUUUGGUAACAUUGUCCUUUGACGUUUCUGACAUUACCGAGGGGUUGAUUUUGAUGUGACCAAACCAACCCUCCUGAUCAAUUUUGUAAUAGUUUGACCGGUUUUAUCUUGUGUUUGUUUAUAUUGUACGAUAAUAUUAGUAAUAAUAAUACUAUUAGUGGUCUAAUGAAUUACUGACAUUCCUGUGAAACUUAAUAAUAAUAAUAUAAUGGAAAACUUGGGGGAUGUUUGUGCCCUCUGCUUUGAAGAUGCAACUCACAGUGAAAUUUGGCAAAAGGAUAUGGAUGAAUUUGAGGAUCUGCUAAAGGUGAUCAUAGAGCCUGAGCUUGUAGAACAACUAGGCCUUGUCCAAAACAUCAGCCAGUUAUGUAGCUGUUGCGUCUCAAACUUUGAGACCCUAAAGUGUGUUCACAAACUGUCUACUAUCAGUAACAAAAAGAUCCUUAAUAUGAACAAGGAUAAAAUCACUGAACAAGAUCUCCGACAACUCACCAAUGCACCUAACAAUGUUGAUAUAUGUGAAUAUGUGGUGUGUAGAUUGUGUCUAAAACCAACCAACAAUGUGGCUUUUUAUCUCUAUGACAGUGGCAGGAAUAUGUUUCCGAUAAAGAUUGUUAUGGCAAUGAUGGACACUUUGAAGGUGUCUUUGAAGCUUUUGGAUGUCACUGCUAACCCAAUUCUCUGCUGGAUUUGUUGGCAACGGGUUCAAAUUUCCUACAGUUUCUUAAGACAAAUUGAAAUGGUUAUGGACAAAGUGAACCACUACCAGGAACUUGUGCAAAAAGCAGAUUUAAAUCGUCAAGAUUUAAUUGAUAUUAGAUAUAUGUGGGAUCAGUUGGGGAACACAACAAUUUCCUCUGAUAAAUCUGAUACUGUUAGCAUUCCGGAGGUAAGAGAAGUGGUCGAUUCACCCUCUUAUGCUUUGGAUCAUGAUUAUCUUGAACGCAUAACCGUAAGUCCUACUGGCUGGUCAAAUAAAACGGUUUCUACAAUGUGUAUGGAUGAGGAAAUGCCUUGUCUAGAUGAAUCUACUGAGGAGGCCAUACCCUCUCCUGUAAAUGUUAGAGAAGAAUUACCAAAGUUGGAUGCAAUGAAUAAAAAAAAUGAUGAGAAAGAGCAGAAAACUUUAAUGAGUGCUCUGCAGUUACACUCGAAAGCGGAACAUUUAUUAGAAGUGCGAAACAGAAACGAAAACGGGAAAUAUAGAAGAAAAAGAACUUGUGUGAACAAUACAAUCCGAAAAAGCCAAAGAUUCCAAAAUCCAGUCAAAAUAAGUCGUCCUGAUAUGGAAGUUAAGAAGCCGUUAAAAGAAAAAAACAAAAAGAAGCAAAAGUGCAAACUCGACUUGGAAAAGAAAUUCGACAGUUUAAUGUCUGCGUUACGUUUACAUUCCAGUAAGCAAGAGCCCCCUUGCAUUCCUGACAGUGAGGUCAAAACUAACUUAAGAAGAAGCUCCCGAGUAACCCCCACAAAAUAUAGAACCAGAAAAGAGCACAUUCCCACUUUAUCCUCAAUAAAUUCCAUAAAAACGCGAUAUUCCAAAAACAAGAAACCGAAAUACACAUUCGAAACUUUCGACUCGGAUGCCCCCACUUUAACCCCCGAGAUCGACUCCACCCCCGGCUCCUACCCCAAAGACUUAUUGAUAUUACAAAAAGAGGAAAUAAUAAAGAAAGUGCGUCCGUCCAAAGCUAAAUUGAUUGUACCGCUGAUCAGUGUCAUUCCGAAAUUGAAACCUCCCGUCCAACCCAAAUCACCAGUUUCUUACGAGUUCGAAGUGUUGAAUUUCGAUAAUGAAGUUCAAACGUCGCGGCAAAUAGAUCCGGACGAAGUUGAAAUUAAGAGGGAAAUGAUUAGCGAGUUUGAAAAUGACCAGGAUGGCUUGAUAGUGCUUGAGGACGGCUGUCAUAGUGAAGAAACUCUGGUGGACGAAGACGGUACGUGUCCGAACUUGAACACCUUCAUCAAGUCGGAACCGCUGGAGUACAUAGAAAUAGAGGAUGAUUCGUUCGAAGUAAACGAACCUCCUGAACUAGAGCUGCAAGGCCCUUGUUCUUAUGACCCAACAUUUCCCACUAUCUCUGACCCUUAUUCAGUGACAGAGAGGAGCUCAUCUCCAGUGGAAAAUGCAAACAAACCUGAGGAAAGUAGUAUUUUAGAGACUCCAACAAGGGUUUCUUCCAUAUUAAAGUCUCCUUGUAAGAGUAAGCAAGUGGAUAGUGCCAAAGAGAAAAUCCAACCUAGCCAAGAGACUACUGUGAAAAAAAUGCCAGUUUUGCAAGACUCCACCUGUAAUGACCUCAAACAUUUCCAAAAUCUCCCCAAAGCGGUGGUCAAGCUGAUUCCAUUCGACCUUCCUCUACAACAACCCCUUAACAAGCUUGGGCAACAUAAGAAGAAGAACUCUUCGCGAAAAAAACCUAAAAAAAACCUGGAUAUUGAAGAUGUUCCUUUAUCGGAACGCUUGAAAUGGGUAAUAAAUACCUCAAAACCGAAGAAAGGUAAAUCCGAAACAAAACAAAGAAAAAUUGAAGAUGUUCCUGUAAGUGACAUAAAAAGAAGCAAAACACCCAUAAACAUACAAUCGGUGUGUAUUUUCACGCCUAAAACGAGUGCUAAUGGGACUGUUGGACCGAUGCCGACACUAGAACCAAUAAACCACCACCAGACUGAAAAAAAACCCUCCGAUUCGGUGUUUCGUUGCACUUGCUGCCCAUACCCGACCUUCAUCAAUAAAAAUACACCAGACGACUACAUAAACGAUGAAAUAAUGUUAAACAUACCAAAACACGGCUUUCAAGUGUCUUUAAAAAGAGCCGCAUCCUUAAAGAGGUGGUACUCGGGUGAACAUUUGCAGCAAUGCACCAGGUGCGACUUUAAGACCAAAUUCCUGUUCAAAAUCGGUCCGCAUAUCAGGUUCCACAUGCUCGACGCUUAUUUGUAUAAAUGUAGCGUCUGUGGUUACCGCACUCCGAGUUUGAAGUUAUUGGAGAAGCAUGGCUCGACGACUGAUCAUGCAGUAUUAAGUGGUAUACAUAGAUGUCACUAUUGCAAGAAAUGGGGAUUGGACUUGGUGAAAUGCGCCAGUUGCAACAAGAACUUCCAUCCGCCGUGCGUAUUAUCUGAUCAAGUGAGGUUCCGGGAAAGAGGUUGUUUCCAUUUUAACGUGAAAGCCAACCUGAGAUACGACGGAUUGCAUAUUUAUAAAUACGAUCGAAGACCGCUGGCACACGGUCCACAGAACCAUUGUAACUUUUGCAAAAAGUACGUCAUCAAUUGGAUCAAUUGCACCGUUUGCCGGAAGGUGUUCCACCAUCAUUGCUACUUUUAUAGCAAUUUAAUUAGGAAGACGGAUUGCGCGAAUCGGCAGAUGCAUCAAGAUUUUCCCGGUGCGUCCGCCUUUUUUACGAGAGCAUGCAUCUUUUGUCGACAAACCAGACCCGAGCAAAUCAACUUUUGCAAUUGCUGUAAACUGUUCAUGCACCAGAAGUGUUUCUUUUUUACCCGGGCAUUGAACAAGGCCGGCUGCAAACAUCUAAAAAUUCAAAUCAUGGAUGAAUCCGAGAGUACGAAUCAAGCUGAAACGACCGAAUUAUCUGCCUCUCACUCUGAUAACGCCCCCAGAUGCGUAUAUUGUUUGUCCGAUAGUCCCGCAAUGGGCCCUUUGGUUGCUUGUCCAGAUUGUGAUGUGAAGAAACAUUUGAUUUGUGAUGGGAAAGAAGUUGAAGUUCCAGCAACGUCUUGUUCGCAUGACAAAUUGAACGGCAACGAGUUGAUCGAGAGCAUUUUGGCGAGUUUAAAAGUACAAAUGGAGUCUGGACCAAAAACAACCCACACCUCAACAGUCCAACCGUUACCCUGCACCUCCAAGGAAGCAAACGAAGAUUUCGCCGAUUUUUUAAUGCUCAUUUAAUUCGGUGUAAGUAUAACGUUUUGUGUGCAAUGUAAAUAUUUCGUCAGUUCGGUGUUAUUAUUAAUAGUACGUUUCCGAUGUUUGUCUUCUAUUGGGUGUAUAUUACUUUUUUGUAUCCCCCAAUUGUCAGUUAGUCUUACACUGUACAGUAAGAAUAAGUCAACGAUUUUACUUCUCCAAGAGAGCAAACAAAAAAAUUACACGUGUUUCGCUCAUUUUAUUUAUGACUGAUGAUGAUACUUGAAAUUGCGCGAAACACGUGCUAACAAAAAUCCUCUAUGGUACAUUUGAAAAAGCAACACAGGCGUAAAAUGAGUCUCACUUUAGAGGAUCAUCAUCAAGCAUAAAAUGAGACUUUUUGAAAUGUACAGUAGAAGGGUGAAAAAAAACAACGUUUUUAAACUUAAUCGCCACCUCUAAGGGCAAUAAAAUGAUGCGUUUGUUGUCGUGUAUUGUACGAGUUAAAUUGUAAAAUAAAACAAUUUAUUUUAAAAUUAGAAUAAACAUUUAUUUUUUUUACGA